UUUUAUGACAGAUAAAAGAAUAGACAAAUAUAUUUUUAAUGUGAAAGAUAGAAUUGGAUAAGGAUCUUAUGCUGAAGUAUUUAAAGGAACAAAUGAAAAAACUGGAGAAAAAGUGGCCAUCAAAAUGUUAAGCAAAUCUGUAAUCAAUGCGUAAUUUUAUUUAUUUAUUUAUUUAUUUAGAGAUGAUUAUCUUAGGGAGGGACUGAUUUAGGAAAUUAAAAUUAUGCAGAAAUUAAAAAGCCCUAAUAUCGUCUAAUUGUUAGAUGUUAUGGAAACAAACAAUAAUUAUUAUAUUGUUUAAGAAUACUGUGAUGGAGGGGAUUUUGAUGAGUAAAUUAUCAUAUUUUACUUUAAGACAUCUAAAAAAAAAGAAGUUACUCUAAGAAAAAGAAGCAAUCAAAUUCCUAGUUGAUGUACUAAAUGGAUUUACACAUCUUAUUAAAAAUGGUAUAAUUCAUAGAGAUCUCAAACCAGCAAAUAUUUUAAUUGACAAAUAAGUAAGUUCAAUAAUUUAUAAAGACUUACAAACUAGCAGAUUUUGGAUUUGCAAAAUGUGUUGAUAAUUUUAAAAAAACAAUGAUGGCUUCAAUGGUUGGUACUCCAUUAUAUAUGAGUCCUCAAAUCUUAGAUCAUAAGAGAUACAAUUCCAAAACUGAUGUAUGGAGUAUAGGCUUUAUCUUCUAUGAAGCAUUAUUUGGCAAAAGUUAAUCAAAUUUUUACAUUUUUUCUAGCUCCUUGGACAGCCAGAUCUCCAGCAGAAUUACUUAAAAAUAUCAGAACCUAACCUUUAAAAUUUCCUACAGAUAAAAAUUAAGUCUCAUAAGAAACCUAAGAUUUGAUAAUUGGGUGUUUACAAGCAGAUGAAAAUAAAAGAAUGUCUUGGGAAGAAAUCUACAAACAUCCAGCAAUUAGUCAAUAUUUUUCGGUAAUUCAUUUUGUAUUUUAUCUUUUUAAGGAUUUUAUCAAAGGAAAUAAUAAAUUAGAAGAUAAGGCUCAAUAUUUAAUUAAUGAUAUUAGAUAGAUGAUAUGCAAAGAGAAAAUUGAUAUUCAUAAAUUAUUUGCAGAUUUAGACAUGUCAAAAGAUAAAGCUUUAGAUGUUAAUGAAUUGGGAAAAUUUCUAUAAAAAGUAGAUAAAGAUAUUACAAGAGAAGAAAUUGAAUAUAUAUUUAAUAAAUUUGAUGAUGAUGGUAAUAAUUAAAUUGAAUUUGAGGAAUUUAAAAAAUGGUUAGAAGAUAAUUAAGUAAUUAAUUUAUAUAUAUAUUAAUUAAUAGAUUGUUACAAAUGCUAAUCCAUAAUAAUAAUAAAGAGGAGGUGGAUCACAAAAAAAAUUGUCUAUUUUACCCCAUUAAUUAAAAUCUCAGAGUUCUAUUGAAGAGAGAGCUAAUUAUGUUAUAGAGAAAUUAAAAUUAUCAAUCUAAAAAUAUAAAAUCAAUUUGUUAGAUUUAUUUAAAAAAGUGAUAAUAUAUUUUGAUUAAUUUAGUUUGAUAAAUCAGCAGAUUAAAGAUUAGAUAAAAAUGAAAUGGGGUUACUUUUAAAGAGAAUUGAGCCUAACAUUUCAUAAGAAGAAAUAAUUGCUUGCUUUGAAUUUUUUGAUGCUAAUGGUGAUGGUGAAAUCACAUUUUAAGAAUUCUAAACAAGUUUAAGUGAAGAAGUUGGGAAAAAGAGAUAAAGUAUAGACCAUCAUGAAUGA